AUGUCUUCGUACUACGACUACUACCAGACGCAACAGCCGAGGCGGUUCGAGCCUCCAAAGGACACGAACUACCGCUGUUACAUGAACUAUCAAAAAUUUGAGCCUCAAACAACGCCAUACGGAGAUAGCCGCGCCGAUUCGUACAUGGCUCAAAUGCCAUGUGCUCCAUGCGAACCGACACCGUAUUUCGACGCUUGUCCGAAGACCGAAGACGCCCUGUCUAAUUCUAGCGAAGAUCUGUGUUGCAACGACUUAGCUGCGCCGCAAAGCUCACAAACCAGCGCUGGAACUUACCCCGUUUCGGCUGUGCCACCUGUGCCGCACGAGGAUCGGACUUGCAGCUCAUUGAGUCCCGGCAGCCCGUAUUAUCCGGCGACACCGAAUGAAUGGGAGAGGCAUUCGACUGGGACCCCGGAAAGUAUGGUUCCCCAGUGUUAUCCACCUCAGCAACCGCCGCCUGGAGGCGAAUUCACACCGCAACAGCCCGAAGACUGCAAUAGCGACCAAGGAUCGUCGAAAGACUGCAGCCUCUUGUAUCCUUGGAUGAGAAGUCAGUUCGCAGAGCGCAAAAGAGGCCGUCAGACCUACACGCGUUUUCAGACCCUGGAACUGGAAAAAGAGUUUCGCUUCAAUCGAUACUUGACCCGUAGGAGAAGGAUUGAAAUCGCGCACGCGCUUUGUCUCACCGAGCGUCAGAUAAAAAUUUGGUUUCAAAAUCGGCGCAUGAAAUGGAAAAAGGAAAGCAAGACAAAAUCUCACGAAGAGGUUUUCGAGCCGGAGUACAGUGAGACGUGA